AAGAGAACAAGGCGAAGAAGGAGGGAGAUGUCGGCCUGCAGCAGAGAUCUGGCGCUUCCUCGGCUCUGAUGCAGAGCUGCAUAUACAUGCUAUAAUCCAAGACGUGACGUGCUUUAUGAUCACACAAUCAAAUACCUUACAGCAACUUCGCUCCAACCCGCCUACUUCUGCUCCAGGUGCUGAAUUGUUAUGGAAAAGAAACGAGGCCAAGUUGAAUCGAGCCAGGUGCUAAAACAUGGAGAACAAGAGGAAUGACCAUGCAUCACCUAAGGAUGUGCCAUUUGUGCCAAGGUGUUGAGUAAGCACGCUGAUUGCCACAUGAAGACCAGUUUUGUCUGGAUCUGGAUAGAGAUUUAGUUUUACAUUCAGUUUAAAAGUGAUGCCAUCAGCGCACGGACAUAACCGGUUAAACAUGGAAAAGCAUAAAGCUGUGAAUAGUGGUGCUUCAGGACAGAUGGCUGGAGAAUCAAGUACCUUCAUCUGCACUGAAUGUGGUGAUGGCUUCAGUCAGUACUCAAGUGUGUUAGCGCACAUGGCAAUUCACGGACCUUUGGAGACAUUUUCCUUUGAUGGCUCUUCCAAUGGAUUUGAAAUCCCUCGGGAAUACGCACUUCAAGAAAAUGGUACCCUGACAGUUGUGAAUGGUUUUGCGCAGUCACAUUCUUCAAAUUCCUCACAUUCCUCUGUUAAACCAGGAUCUCCUGGAGUAUUGCCAUCUCAUUUACCAUCCUCUAUCAAGUCAGUGUCUCCAACUCCAAGACAACAGCUGUCUCCUUACAAAGAUGCGUUUAGAGCAAGGCCAUCAGACUCUAACCUUGACAAGUCUCGAAAGGGCUACUACCAUUGUGAAAUAUGUACCAGGUCAUUUAUCAGCUUGCAGAGUUUACAUCGUCACCAGCAAUAUCGAAACACUGAGCGAGGAUACAAGUGCACUUUGUGCUGUAAGAUCUUUGAAGAUAGACAGGACCUUAAGUUCCAUCUCCAAAACCACAUCAGUGAAAGAUUUCACUGCUGUGGACAAUGUGGUAAACGGUUCCUGAAACUGGAGGCACUUAAUGCUCAUCAAAGAGAGAAUCACUCCUGUGUUCCAAGUAAACCAGAGAAUGAUCAAGACAAAAAGUCUGACAAAAUGUUUACUUGUAAGAAAUGCAAACAGAGUUUCUUUUGGAUGUCAGAUUUCCAGACUCAUUCACUGUAUCUCUGCAAGGGAAAAGAACCUGAUGCUCUCUUUUUAUCUGAGUCUGAAACUGAAAUGAAUUCUAAAAACCUUGAACACACACAGUUUUCCAACUGCCAUAUCAAUGGGUCUGCUAUUGAUAUUAAGAAUGGAAAAAGUCAAUACUCAAGGGAUACCAGCAGUGAGCUUGACCCUAUACCCACCUUCACACCAUACAGAUGUGGUUUAUGUGGAGAUCGUUUUGAGAAUUUAACAGCUCUGAAGGAGCAUCAUCUCACACAUCAAACUCAGGAAGAAAUAGAUAGGCUGACUAAAGAAUCCCAAAAACCUAUUAAGCGGAAUAGGCAAACUAAAAGGCGUAGAAGAGGGUCAAAUCCAAAUGGAAAACUACAUCCUUGCAAGCAUUGUCAUCGUGUCUUUAAUCAUUCUAGUAGUUUAUCUCGACACAUGCGGUAUCAUAAAGGUACAAUGCAUACUUGUGUAUUUUGUGGUAGACAUUUUCCUCAGCGUUGUGAUUUGAGAAGGCAUUUAGCCAUGUACCACAAAGCUGAACUGGAGAAGAAACCAAGUUUGAAACUCUUGUAUACACCUCCUAAAAAUAGGCCUUCCAAAAAAGCAGUUGAUGGUGAGAAAAAAACAAUCCCUUUUGACGAGAACACUAAAGGCUCGUCUGACAGUGAGACAACUUCUACAGAGCAGAGUCCAAAAGAGAAACAAUCAGGGAAAACUGGCCGAGGUAACUACAAGUGUGAGGAGUGUGAAAAGACAUUUGGGCUGUUAUGUGUGUACCAGCGACACUUGCGUUAUCACAAGAAAGAGCCCAGCAAGUGUCCCAAGUGUCCAGCUGAGUUUAAGAACUCUUCAUCACUCAAUCUCCAUCUUCAAAAUCAUCCAAGCAAUGAACAUGGAGAUGAAGAUGGACAAACGUCACAUGCCACUGCUACCAGUGCAGUACAGGCUAUUGAAAAUGAUAAUGUAGAUGAUAUAGAAAACGACUACAUGGAAAAUAAACGAAAUAAGAAAGGCAAUACCUCAGAGGUUCUUUAUGAAUGCACAGAAUGCACGGAGACGUUCUCAUGUUUGGACAGCUUUCUUCAACACCAGAUAUCUCAUUCCUCAGAAAAUAAUGGCUAAAUGAUGGCAAUCAUGAAGUAAGGCAUGGGUUAGCAGAGUUACAAGUGGAUUUUGUGGUACAUUUCUAAAUCUAAAGAUGCCACAAGUCCAGGAUAUGUUGAUUGUGGAUAACAUGCAAAGUUAAUCCCAAUAUUCCUGGUUACAGUUAACCUGGAGUUCUGACCAAUGGACAAAGCGAGAGUAAAUAUGUUGUUUUUCAUUGUAUUUUUUAGUGGAUCAACUUGUAAAUAUUGCUGCAUUUUUCAUUGUCAUUUAUUUGCUAUUGUAUGAUGAGUACUUUUUAACUGUAUGAAUAUAGUCAUCAUUUUUUGAAUAUAGCAUUGAGUAGA